AUGUAAAAUUUGCAUCUACCCACCUCACAACUCUAUUACGAGAUUUGCGCCUUGUCCAGAAAUAAGAGAAUUAAUGAUAUCGAAAGAAGAGCACUCAAAAAAGUAAUCCCAUCUAGCAUUACAUAGCUUGUCAUUUUGGAUGAUAGGUAUAUUUUCGAGCUUAUUGAUGACUACAAUCAAAAAAGAAUUACAGAGACCAAGUUGCAGGAUUAACUCAUUCUUCUCUCCAAAGAUGUCGAUAUGAAAUCUGAUACUAAUGACGAGUGCUAACAAGUUCUUGAUUACCAAUUCAACCAUGCAGAAGCAAAAAAGGUCAUAGACUUCAUCUAACAAAAUCCACAAAUUCCAGAAGAAAUAGCUUCUCCGCUAGGUGCUUAAUUGUGGAAAAAAAGAAGAGCUGAAAGACAAAGCAGAAAAGGAAAGUGA